AUGUCGAUUCCCCCAGGCUAUAGGCGUUCCAGGAGUGUCAAGAGCGACCACCAGGUCGAUCUCCUGGGCCCCAUCUACGUUGAUGGCUCUAUCAAGUCUGGAAGCGGUGUCAACCUAACCUCAGACGUCAUGGUCAGGGAGAAGCUCGAGGCCUACGGUGCCAUCUUCAUCAAUGGCAGCUUGAACUGCGGUGGCAGAAUCAAGGCGUACGGAAACAUAAGCGUCCAUGGCUACCUCAUUGCCAAUGACAAGAUCAAGGGAUCUGGCAAGCUCAAGGUCGUGGGCUCGCUGGAGGGAACAGACCUGGAGAUCUACGGAAACUUAAGCAUUGAAGGAACACUGAGAUGCAGACGCCUGGUCGUCUACGGGUCUGUGACCCUGAUCGGGUCGGAUUCUUGGUAUUCCGCAGAGGAGCCUGAACAGAUUGCUGGACCAGUCGUCAGGAGAGAGCAUGAAGCCGACUGGGACUGGUAG